GUCUCUUCAAUACAUCAGCUUUUGUAGGCUGAGAAGUCUUUUGUAUAAAGGCUUCACAUUUUUUCAUCUUUGAUAAAAAAAAAAAAAAAAGCCCCCUCUACCAAGAUGCCAUCUGCUGUCAUCUUGUUUUUCCUCCUUUUUGGCCCUGUGCUCUCCACUGUAACUAUGACCUCGGAACACUCCUCAGUGAAUGGGGCAGUGCUGCUUCUGUUACGAGGACGCCACCGCAAGGUUGCUCCUUUCCAGCCAGAUAUGCAGGGAAAGGAAGCCGCUGCCAUGGCAGCAGAGCCAGAGGCGGCCGAGAUCCCUCCAAAACCCCUCCCACAGAUUAUGCUACCCCGCAAUGUGACAGCUGAUGCCCUGAAGCCCCCACUGGGCGCCGCCCAAGUGGCGCCUCCUCCUCGUCGGCUGGUGGACGUAGAUGUCUGUCGAGGUUACUUCGAUGUGAUGGGACAGUUUGACAUCACUUUCAACUGCACCAAGGGCACCUACAUCUACUGCUGUGGCACCUGCCAUUACCGCUUUUGCUGCGAGCACCAACGUAACCGUCUAGAUCAAGAGUCUUGCAAUAACUACCGCUCACCUGACUGGGCCAUCACGACAGGACCCAUCACCCAUCCCCCAGUCCGCCACAACCCAGAUUUUGACCCACUGCAGCAACAAAGUAACAACACAGCAUAUGUCAUUGGGGGUGUCAUCUCUUUUACGAUGGUUAUGGCCAUUGGGGUUAAAGUGGCCUUCCAUAAACUGUCUCGACGACCAAGGAACAGAGACAUCAACAUGCCUAGAGCACUGGUGGACAUUCUGCGUCACCAGUCCAGCCCUGUCCAGCAAGGCGAGAGAAACAACAGUAUGGUCCUUACAAAUGCCACCUCCAGCGAGGGCACGCGGGGGCGGCCGUCUAAAAACUUCUACCCUCCUGUCCUCCAGAGCAAAGAUAACCGACUUGGAAAACACAAUUUUAUCCAGACUGGGUCCAGUCCUAAACACACAGCUACUAUCGAGCGAGUUCCACGCAUGAACAACACCCAGCUGGUCUCCACAGGAACGCUGCUUUCCAGCAAGCACAAUAAUUCUGGCUUUCACCCCUCUCUCUCUCAUUCCUUCCACAACCUUGCCCAGCUACCUCCAUCAUAUGAGACUGUCGCGAAACCAGAGAUCAACCGCUACAGCUCCCUCAAGAGACUAGAAAAAAACCUGGAUGACUAUACUGGAUACUACACCUCCAAGCGAAGGCCAACUAACGCUCCACCCAGCUUCCACUCCUCCCAGCACCACCUGCACUGGGGUGGUGACUUUACACUGGGUGCCAGAGGUACACUACCUCUUCACGCAUCCCGCACGCGAAUUCAUGUGUCCAAUUCCACCUCUACCCCCAACCCCUACCCUUUGCCCACGCCGCAGUACAACCCCACAUUCCACUCAAUGAGUAAGCCACCUCGCCGGGUGAUGUCCCAAGAUCAGCUUCUGGCACUGGGGGAGGGUAACACUCUCUCACGCCUCUCCAAGAACCAGCAGCAUCAGUAUUACAAACCAAUGACCACCAGCAAGAGCUCCAACCAGACUUUACGCAAGUCUCACGAGCGCCUCCUGGUGUCACCAGACCGCCUGGAGGAGAGAAUGAUGGGUGGGGGAAUGGGAGAUUACGGUGGAAUGGUGCCGACUAUGCCACGACUAUCCCACCACCAUAAAGCGCAGUCCCAGCAGAACGUAUGUGUGACGCCCUCGCUCGACCGCCAUCAUAUGAUCAAAAUGAAUUCGCACCCUACCUCCGGCCAUGAGCAAGACCACACGCCCACCAUGUCAUCUGGUCAUGGGGGCGGGACUUUGGGUUGGGGGGAGGUCCAUGGUUCUGGAGGAGGACCUGGCACGAUGGGCCAUAGCGCUCGCCGGAUGGCCUUUGCAACAAAACGCCAGAACACAAUUGAACAGUUGCACUUCCUCCCCGGAGGAGGUGGGGGAGUGAGUGCUGGUCAGGCACUUAGGACAGGGAGCAAGAAUGAAGUGACUGUGUAAGAGAAAAGAAACAGAAAAUAUGGCUAAGGAGAUGAUGGACAGAUAAGGUGUGAUUGCACAAGCCGAGGAGAGGGAAGAUAGUGGAGUUUAAAGAAGGCUAUGACUUAAAACAGAACUGAAGGAGGAAAAGGAGGAAGGGAAACAUAGUAAAGGCUUUGAGAUGAGAAGGGUGUACAGAAAAAGGACCAUGACAAGCGUAUACACAAUGUAUCGCUAAGCCUUGAAUGAGAGAAAGAGGGAAAUGAAACUAUACCAUAAGUGAUUCUGUGGAUCCCUAAACUGCUAAAUUCUCAAUAAAUAGAAACAUGAAGAGGGGAUCCAUAUCUCCUCUGAAUGUGUGUAGCAUAUAUUUAGUAUUUUCAUGGCACUAUUCAGAAAUGUUCAGAAAAGAACCAAAUACACAGGUGAAAGUAGAUCAUUAUUAGAAUAGGGCAAGUUUUCUGUAGUGAGAAAUUCCAGCUCAUUAUAUUCACCAAUUUAAAAGCCAAUUGGUUUAGGGUUUAAUUCCAUUUAAUUCUGUUGGAUUAGAUGACAGCAAAUGACCGACAGAACCUUGUCUCAGAGUUCACUGAAAGUAUUAUUCAACAGUAGGACAUCACACAAAGAGUCAUUCUCAAGGUGGUGUAUUUCAUCAGUCAAAUAAGGGAACGAUGACAUAUUCUGGAAGAAACUGAGAAGGUGUCAAAUUGCACUGAAUUACCUAACGGAGACAAUGAUUUGAACAAUCUCAAAACGUGACUUGGGACUGAAUUGUGACUUGAGGAUUACUGUGCGCAUUGUGGUGUUUGCCAUUCAGUGAAACUGUUGACAGACAAAUGCUUGUGAUCCUUCAGCAAAAGAAAGCAGAGAACAGAAAAGGACAUCAAAAUUGUCACUCAUUUUGUGACCUGACUUAUAAGUCUGCACUGUUAAUAUAAGUUCAAAUGUCAUCAGCCAUAUUAGAGCUUAUUCAUAUGGAAUACAAUGGAGGGAAACAUUUUCACUGGGAGAUAAUAUAUUGAAACUAAUAAUCAAAGAUUUUUAGCCUCUUAUAAUGAGACUGUGAAUUCUUAAAGUUGACAUGAAUAAUUGUCAAUUUGUUGUUGAUUUUUUGCAUUGUGGAUAACCUUUGGGCUGUUUUAUAAUAUCUUUGACAGGCUGACAGAUUAAAUAAUUGAUUGAUGGGUAAAUCAGGUAAUACUGUCUGAACUAAAAAUGUAUGAGCAACCAGAGAAAACUGUAAUUAACUAAUUUUACUAAACGCAGUCUCAGCCAUUCAUAUUUGAUAGUACAAAACUGAUAAAACUCAUGCCUCUUUUUUGCAUGUUUGACCAAUCAAAGGACAGCUUAGUAUGACAACAUGAUUCUGGAGUCGUUAUGGUUGUUCUGUUAUUUACAUGUGUAUAAGAGCAGAAAUAUACAGUAAUUAUAGGCAUGCACUAAUGUCAAAUAUUAAGACUUAAACACUUAAUUUGCAUCUCAAGCUGUUCACUAUUUAAGGUUGUAUUAGAGGGGAAAAGGGGAAAGGGUUUGGUUAUACAAUGGACAAUUUAAUCCAAGGGCUAUUCUGAAACUUAUUCAUGUGUGUCUGUGCUUCCGUGUUCUGAUGGCUUUUUAUAUUUUACUGCGUCAAUGUUGGAGACAUGGUUGUGCGGAACACUGAGGCUAAAUGCCAAUGAGUGAACAAAACAGAGCAAAAUAGAACAAAUUCUGCAAAGCUCAUUUACACUUUGUGUCACACUAGGAUGUGUUAUUAUCUAAAUGAUGAGUGAUGAGUUAGAAUUUAGGAGUGAAAACCUGUCUCGUUUAUCUAUAUUAUAUUCUAGUAAAAUGUCUUUUUUGUUAGCGAUUUCUGUGUGUUUUGCAGCUGUCUACAAAUCAAAUGGACAGUGUUGUGGUGGAAUGUCUGAGAACGACCUGGCUGAGGAAGAUUAUUGGGCCAUAAUAUAGUACUUUAGAUUACUCUGCAGUGUUUAGCUUUUAUUAACAUUGAAAUUAAAUCAGUUGAAAAAAAACAAAACAAUUUUUUUAAGGGAAUCCUUAAUGUUCAAAUAUGUACACAUGCUAAUUUAUGUGCAUAUAUAUAGUCAUCAAUAUUAUUAAUAUUCUUGAUUAUUAUUUUCUUUUUAUUUAUUUAUUUUUCUAUGUUUUCUGUUUAUAUUAGUCUUUCUAGUGGAUUCUAACCUUUGUAACUAAACAAAAAAAGCAGAUGCAAUCGUAGUGAAAAGACAAAACGCAUGAAGAUGUCAAAGCCAGUGUUGAUGAUGUCAUAUUGCUGACUACUGAUGGUGUGUAUGUGUCCAGUUUGUGUGUCUGUAUUUGUGUGCUUGUGUGUAUUUCAGUGUCUAUUUUGGAAUGCUUUAUCUCACAUUUUAUCUGACUUUGUCUGAGAAUGUGGAUUUCAGAAAACCUAAGGGAUAUUAAAAUCAAAAAUAUGAUUUUAUUUUUUAAGUGUGUCUCUUUGAAUGCAAAAAAUAAACAAAAUAAAAAGGUUUUCAAUUUCCAUUGCUGCAUUCACCAAAGGUAUGGAAAAGAGAAUAAAUCAUAC